AGACACCUUGCUAGCUAGAUAUGAACUCAUCAAAUCUCUCUAUGGCAGAGUCUAUUGUGCCCUCUCCUUACAUCAAGCAGGCGCGAGAUGCUAGAAAUUCACGAGAGAAUCAAGUGAAGCAACUUCUUGAACAGCAUCGUUUGCUCUUAACAGCGCAAGUUGCCCCCAGAUGGUUGGGAUGAUGCUGCAAUUGAAGGCUUCCUUUAUGAAUUAGCAAUGAUGGACAGCAAUAACUUUCAAGGCAACAUUGGUGCAGGAGAGAGGGAAGCAAGAAUUGCAAGUGAUUUUGUUGCACGUCGUCAUUUUAGGCUAGGUCAUGGUGUUGGUCGUUCUGGAGACAUAACAGCGAUACAGCCAAAAGCAGCUGGUUCAUCACUUCUUAUGCGUCUAACAAACUGCUUGGUACUUGACACAAUCAAACUAGCAGGUGUGAGAUCUGCUGCAGCUUGUGUGCUACUACCCGUAGCUACUGGCAUGAGUCUUGUCCUUACGUUUCUGACUCUCAGAAUCAAACGACCUAAAGCUAAGUAUAUCAUUUGGCCUCGUAUUGAUCAGAAGUCGUGCUUCAAGAGCAUGAUAACAGCAGGAUUUGAGCCAGUAGUUGUGGAGAAUGUGUUGGAAGGAGAUGAACUUCGGACGGAUGUGGCUGCUGUGGAAGAGAAAAUACAGGAAUUAGGCUCUGAGUCUAUACUAUGUCUUCACUCAACUACAAGUUGUUUUGCACCUCGUGCAGCAGACAGACUUGUUGAGCUAGCUGCUUUAUGCAAGAAGUAUGACAUACCACAUAUUGUCAACAAUGCCUAUGGAGUACAAUCGUCAAAAUGUAUGCAUCUCAUUCAAGAGGCUCACCGCACAGGCCGCUUGGACGCCUUUGUACAAAGUACAGACAAGAACUUUCUAGUACCUGUAGGAGGUGCCAUUGUCGUGGGUUUUGAAAAGCAUUUUAUUGAUGACAUCAGUCAGACAUAUCCAGGGAGAGCAUCGGCUACACCAUCUAUUGAUGUUUUCAUUACAUUACUUUCACUUGGAGCAAGCGGCUACAGGAAACUAUUGAGCCAAAGGAAGGAGGUGUAUGAAUAUCUAUCAGCUGGUCUCUCAUCUGUAGCUGAAAGUCAUGGUGAGAAAUUACUGAAAACGAAAAACAAUCCGAUAUCAUUGGCACUGAGUUUAGAAACUAUAGUUGGAGAAGCCACGAAGUCAAAGGCUCUUGCAGGUGACACCGAUGAGGUGGAUCCCACAGAAACUACAGAGCUUGGCAGUAUGCUAUUCACAAGAUUUGUGUCAGGCGCAAGGGUUGUUGCCUCAGGAUCACGUCGGACAAUUGGGUCAUACACAUUCAUUAACUGGGGAGCUCACUCCAAUCAUUAUCCAUCACCCUACUUAACAGCAGCAGCUGCCAUUGGAAUGACCAAAGAUGAGGUUGAUGCAUUCCUUAAACGGCUGAAGAAAGUCCUGAUGAAAUUCAAACGCAAGAGGGGAGUCAUCCAGGAAGUGUCACAAAGCAAAGAAGAGCAGGAGAAAUCAGACAGACCAGAUGUUUGA